UAGGUUAUGUAAAUUGUAAACAAUGAGAAUAAUUGCUUUAUUAACGCUUAACGCUAUAUUAAGUUAUAAAUGAAUAAAAAAUAAACAUUUUAUAUUAAUUCACCUGUGGAAUAUCAGAAAAUGUUAUUUAACUUAGCGAAAACAUCAACAAAGAGCGCAGUAUGCUUGAGCUGCCGAAUGUCAAUCGUUCCUAGAAAGUAUUUCAGUGAGGGGUUAGAUAGUAAAUACAAUGAUACAGAGAAGGAGAAAAUAUUACAGGUUAUAAACAAUCCAGAUUCUAGUAGUUUAGCUAGUUAUGAAGUAAGUAAAUCAAAUAUCAAAAAGUUUGCACAAUGGAAGACCAGUAAUGGGGAACUAAAAUCACUAUCAGAACUAGAAUAUGUUGAGGGAUUUUCUGAAAGGUCGGCAAAGAAACUCUUCAACAGUAUAUUAAGUGGACCUUCUAAGGAGAAAAAAGCUGGGACCAAAAUAAAAGGGCAGAUACUACAUCCUUAUUUAAGUGAAAAUGUUAUAAAGGAAUGCAAUACAGUAUUAUCAUUGUACAUAACAGUGAACUCGGUGAGUUGGACGUUAAUAGACAAGAAUAGCUAUGAGGUCCAAGAUUGGAGGUAUCAUGGCAUUGACUACCCUGAAGGCAAGAAGUUCCAGAUCACUGAUAUUUUGGAUAUUGCAUGGCGGGUAACCCAACAGCUGCCUGCAGCAGACAUAUACGUGAUGAAAGCCGAAGCCACGAGUCUCCGCGCCGCCGGCAGCGAUCCCAACAACCCGAAGGUUUUGGCCGUCAACCUGCAGAAAGCGCAAAUGGUUGCCAUGAUUAUAGCUCUGAUUAAUGCAAGAAGUAAUGGGAUACAAUCAUUUGAAAAUGAAAACGUCAGUCUAAAGCAAAAAGUGUAUUUUUUGAGACCUACUCUACCAUACAGGCUCUACGGGACUUUAGUCGGCAACGAACGGGUCUCAACAGACCAAUUAGUAGAAAUGUUACUUCGAGACCUUUCAGAAAAGUCCCCAAAAAACUCCCAUGCUUACAUUCCUGAAAGUCUACAAUCUAUGUUCAGGUCACAGAAGGAUCUAGAAAAAGAUAUGCUGGGACAUUGUCUAUUGUUAAGCUUGACAUUCAUGGAUCUAUGUAUUUAUAAGAAUCAGGAAAGAAUAGCGAAGUUGGUUAGACGUGGUGAGUAAUGAAUAAAUUUUUGAAUUAUA